UUAUGUCUACUGAAUGGAAUGAGAGUGUCUAUGCAAAGGAAACUCUUGGGAAAGAAGUUGCGAGACACAUCAUCAGUCCAUAUUUUUGGAAUGACACUGUUCAAGCACUUAGAGUUGGUGGUCCUUUAAUUAAUGUACUUCGUAUGGUGGAUGGGGAGAAAAAACCACCAAUGGGCUACAUUUAUGAAGCCAUGGAUAGGGCCAAAGAAAGUAUUGAAAAGGCAUUCAAUUAUGAUGACAGGAAAUAUAUGAAUGUUUUCAAAAUCAUUGAUGCAAGGUGGACGGAUCAACUUCAUCAACCUUUACAUGCAGCUGGACAUAUUUUGAACCCGGGGCUCUAUUAUAAAAAUGAUGAGAUGAAGACUUUAACUGAAGAAGUGUGAUUGGGAUAUCAUGCAUGUGUUGAGAGGAUGAUCCUAGAUAAAACUUUGCAAGACAAAAUAGGGGAUGAGCUUGGUGUGUACAUGAAAGCUGAUGGGCUACUUGGAAUUGAGUCGGCCAUUAGAGCUAGAACCUUAAGGUCACCAGUUGAAUGGUGGAUGCAAUAUGGUCAUAAUGUCCCAAACUUGCAACAAUUUGCUAUUAGAGUGCAAAGUUUAACUUGUAGCUCAUCCGGUUGCGAGAGAAAUUGGAGCGUGUAUGAACAUAUUCAUACAAAAAAGAGAAACAGACUUGAGUUAAAACGCCUGAAUGAUCUAGUGUUCAUCAAAUAUAAUAGAACAUUUGUGCGUUGCUACAAUGCUCGCAAUACCAUUGAUCCAAUUUUAUUGGAUAAUAUUGAUGAUGCAAAUGAAUGGUUAACUGGAGCACCCCAAAAUCAUGAAGAUGAAGAAGUAUAUGAAGGAGAAGGUCUCACUUAUGGUGAAGUUGCUACGGCUAGUGGUGUGGAGGAGAAUAUUUAUGGUUUUAGGGGGAGUACUUUAAGGGGCAAGGAAAAAAGAGUAGCUACAGGUUCAAGUUCAUGUUCAAAAUCAAAUAGAAGUAGAACUCUUGUUGAUGAGUCCUCCGAUGAGGAAGAAGAUGAGGACCAAGUAGAAGUAGAACCCUUGUUGAUGGCACUUCAAGAGUUUGAGGAUCUUGUUGAAGAAUAGGAUUUUGCUCUCUUUGUGAUUUGGUUAUGCAUUUGCUUUAUAUGUUGUUACUUAUGAGGAUUAUUGACUAUCUAGUUACUUUUUA